AUGGCGAUCCAGAAAAAGCACGGUAAAGGUCGUUUGGAUAAAUGGUAUCGCCUGGCAAAGGAGAAGGGGUACCGAGCAAGAGCAGCAUUCAAAUUGGUCCAGCUGAAUAAAAAGUAUGGUUUUCUGGAAAAGAGUAAAGUUCUGUUGGAUCUGUGCGCGGCACCAGGUUCAUGGUGUCAAGUUGCUGCAGAAUGCAUGCCCACACAAAGUCUUAUUGUCGGCGUUGAUCUUGCCCCGAUAAAACCCAUCCCCCGAGUGAUUACCUUCCAACAAGAUAUUACGACUGAGAAAUGCCGCGCCACGAUAAGACAACAUUUGAAGCACUGGAAAGCGGACACUGUUCUGCAUGAUGGAGCGCCUAACGUUGGUACUGCCUGGGUUCAGGAUGCGUUCUCUCAAGCAGAACUGGUGCUGCAGUCCUUGAAGCUUGCCACGGAGUUUUUGACUGAAGGUGGUACUUUCGUGACAAAGGUUUUCCGAUCCAAAGAUUAUAAUCCUCUUCUCUGGGUUUUCAAGCAGCUGUUCUCGUCCGUCGAAGCCACGAAACCCCCCUCCUCCCGAAACGUCUCCGCCGAAAUCUUCGUUGUCUGCCGCGGAUUCAAAGCACCGAAGCGAAUGGACCCCAAAUUCCUCGAUCCCAGGCACGUGUUUGCAGAACUUUCGGAUCCUACUCCGAAUAACGAAGCCAAAGUGUUCAACCCUGAGAAGAAGAAGCGUAAGAGAGAGGGUUACGAGGAAGGCGAUUGGACACAGUUCAAGGAGGUACCGGUGACAGAGUUUAUCAACACCACCGAUCCGAUCGCAAUUCUCGGCUCGGUCAACAAACUGAGCUUUCAAGCACCACCUGGGGGAGAUCUAGCUCUGGCCACGUUGGACCGAUUGCCUGAAACCACAGCUGAAAUCCGGAACUGCUGCGAGGAUCUGAAAGUUUUGGGAAAGAAAGAGUUCAGAAAUCUCCUCAAAUGGCGUCUCAAGGUCCGGGAGAAGUUCGGUCUGGUCGUGAAGAAGGGACAAUCCAAGACCGAAGAGGCUGAAGAGGUCGCCGAGAUCGCGCCUAUGGAUGAAGAGCUUGCGAUCCAGGAAGAGCUCCUCCGACUUAGGGACAAAGAAAGUGCAAUCAAGAAGAAGGAAAGGCGGAAGGAGAACGAGAAGAAGCGCAAAGAUAUUGUUCGAAUGCAGAUGCACAUGACGACGCCUAUGGAUAUCGGAAUGGAACAAUUGGGCCCCAAUGGAGACGAAUCAACUUUUUCACUCAAGCGCAUCGAGCGAGCUGGAGCAAAGGAUGUCAUUGCAGCAGGCAAGGAAGCAACGAUCGAAAGCGAGACCGAAGAGUCGGAAUCAGAGUGGGAAGACGCCGACAGUGACGAAGAAGAUCGCCUGGAAAGAGAACUUGACUCCCUGUAUGAGCAAUAUCAAGAUCGCAGAGAAGAAAAGGACUCGAAAUUGCGAGCGAAGAAGGCCCGCAAGGACUACGAAGCUGAGGAGUGGGAAGGAUUCUCUGGAUCGGAUAAAGAAGAGAGCGACGAAGAGCUUGAUGACGCCCAGCCCGGAGCAUCGACCGUCCCCACCAACGGGGCCCUCUCCAACAAUGCUGCGUUGUUCUUCGACCAGGACAUCUUCCAGGGCCUAGAAGGCAUCGACGACGAAGAGGAUGAAGAGGGCACUCCUACGAAAGAGGAGCAAACUAGCAGCAAAUCCGUUGCUAAAGAGCGCAAGUCCAAGGAAAAGAAAACCACCAAACCCUCUGAGGACUCUUCGGACGACGAUUAUGAAGAAACCGACGAACCGCGCAAAAAGAAUGGACAGCUUGACAUCGAUAUUAUUACUGCAGAAGCUAUGGCUCUUGCCCAACAGAUGGCUACUGGAGAGAAGAAAUCGCAUGACGUGGUUGAUGACGGGUUCAACCGAUAUGCCUUCCGAGACGUUGACGGUCUCCCGGACUGGUUCCUGGACGAUGAGGGCAAGCACAGUAAACCUCUACGGCCGAUCACAAAGGAAGCCGCAGCUGCGAUUCAGGAGAAAUUACGCGCUAUCAACGCUCGACCGAUCAAGAAGGUAAUGGAGGCCAAGGGUCGCAAGAAGUUCAAGGCAGCACAGAAGAUAGAGAAACUCCGCAAGAAGUCGGCACUACUUGCCGACGACGAGAAUCUGAGCGAGAGGGAUAAGGCGCAGGCUAUUGCAAGAUUGAUGAGCAGAGCCGCCAAGAAGAAGCCCAAGCAGAACGUGAAGGUUGUUGUUGCCAAGGGAGGCAAUCGGGGCAUCUCUGGUCGUCCCAAGGGAGUCAAGGGCAAGUACAAGAUCGUGGAUGCCAGGAUGAAGAAGGACGUGCGGGCACAGAAGCGGCUGGCGAAAAAGAAGCAGAAAUAA